GUUUGGAGAGCGACGGGGCGGCGGGGGACGACGCCCAGCUGGGCCCCCCCAGCCCAGCUUCCUUGGGGGGCUCGGCCCUCAAGACCGACCCCCUGGUGCCCGCAGACGAGACCGUUGCAGGGAGGGACCCCGGGGGUGUCCCGGUGGGACGGGACCAGAGCAGCAGUGACCCCCCCACCCCGGACGGAUCCAACCCCCCCACACCGACAGAGGCCGACCCCUGGACCCUUCGACCGGGAGCGUCUCUUCGACCUGCUCUUCCGCUCCCAGAGCCGGCGGCUGAACGAGCAGCGCUGCCCCUGCCCGGCCUGCGGGGCGCCCGCCACGACCCGCCCGGCCCUGGCGCUCGCUGCCCGGGACCCCACCGAGGGGCUGCUGGGGACAGCUGGGAAGUUCUGCUCGCUCACCUCGCUGCAGGCUGAGCAGUUCUUCGAGCUGGUGGCCACGGCCCAGGCCCGGCGGCUGGACGACCAACGGGCCGACUUCGCGGGGGACCCCGGGGCCGAAGAGGGGGUCAAAGAGGGGGCCAAGGGCCCCCCGGAGCCCCCUGACCAGGGGGAGGAGCUGUACAGCACCAUCCUCACCCAUCAGAGCCAGCGGCUGGAGGAGCAGCGCAGCGACCCCCCCAUCCCGCUGGGGGCCCAGGAGCUCUUCGACCUGCUGCUGCGGGUGCAGGGGGGACGCAUGGAGGAGCAGCGCUCGGAGCUCCCCCCCGCCCUGCUGCCCCACCCCUGCUGAGACCCCCCCGAUGGGCAGGGGAAGGGGGGCCGAGAGCAGGCCCAGCUCGCUGCAGGAAUGGGGCAGACAGCAGCUGAAAGUGAGGGGGGCUCGUUCCCUCCCCAGCCCCCGCUGACGGCUGAGAACGGACACAACUCGCUGCAGAAAUGGGGGUCCCCCGCCCCCCUGCUACACCUGGGGCCUGGGAAUGACACAGCUCACGACGGAAAUGGGGACCCCCCCUGGGAACCCCCAGCUGACGCCACUGGCUGAGACUGGCCCCGACUCGCUGCAGGCUCUGGGGGGGCCUGGAGAGCUCAGCUGAGCCCGGGGGCUCGGUGCACGGACGGGGGACCCCAGCCACGUCCCCCCCAACCACAGCAACGACCAGGGCCUGAGCCCAGGCCGAACCCGCUGCAGGAAGGGGGAACCCCCCCCCCGAGACCAGACACGACUCCUGCUGCCCCCGGUGGGGCCGGAGCAGGGCAAAGACCAAAGACGGGGGCUCCUGCGCCCCCCCAGAGCCGCCCCGGGCGGGGGAUGGGCCCAGAGACUCCGAGUUUUCGAAGCUAAUUCCUGAAAGUUGUGAAAAAGUAAAAAACCGGCUGGGGCAAAGUGGGGUGACGGCCUCUGCUUGGGGGGCGGGAGCCAGGACUCCUGGGUUCACUGCGGGGUCUGGACUGGGCAGCGUCUCCCUGUGCCUCAGUUUCCCCCUCUGCACCCCCAGACAUUUUCUCCCAGCCAGAGACAGAGGCAUCA